UAAAAGCUUCCGGUGUUUAAGGUCAUUGGGACAUGCCGCUAUGUUGCUCUUAUUGAAGAAGCCGCUGUGCAGUUCUCAAUUAAAAGUGUAAAUAAUGAACAUAAACAGUGUUAUGAACAGAAGAGAACAAUACUGAGAGCUUCGACACUCGGUUCCGCCCGCUCGGAAACUACAGACGGUCACCUGAACAUGUCCGAUCCUGCGCCGCUGGAGGAGAAGGCGAGUCCGCAGAAGAGCAGCAGAUCUGCGGCCGGAGACUGCUGGAGCUGCCGCCUGCUCUCCGGUGGAGGACUCACCGCUGCGGGGAUUUAUGUGUUCGCGCAAGUGCAUAGGAGAAAUCUUGGUAAACCCCCAACAGUUAGCGCAGUGUUACAGAUGAUGUUCGCCACAGGUCUGAGCGCCUGGGGGAUUGUGCUGAUUGCUGAUCCAGUGGGAAGAAUUACAAGCAAAUAGCUUUUGGACGGUUUCUUUAUUAACGUGGAAUUGUAUACUGAAUGAGCAAAGCCAUGUUGAUGCUGCAAAGUUAAAUUACAUGUAAAUGACUGUCAAAAUGUCAUAAAACGUCUACGUAUUUCAUUAAAUGUCUUAAUUUACAAACUACAAAA